AUGAGCGCAUACAAUCGAUACUAUUGUACAUCGUGUUACAGUGUUUGGGAUGAUAAUUAAUGCAUUCCAAAAAUUCUAGAUUGUGGACAUUCCUUUUGUUUGAAAUGUCUUAAACGUCUUUUGUAGAACGAAUAAAUAAUCUGUCCUGAGGAUAUGUAAACAAUAUUUUCAGUAUUGAAAGGAAAUGCAUUAAGAUCAAUUCACUGAAUUAAUUAUAAACCAAUAAAGAAUUAUUGUAUCCCUAAGCCUAACAUUCUGAUAGAAUUGUACCUUCAGCUAAUUAUUUACAAUAAGACUAUUCAAUUAUUAAAUCUGAGACCGUCACUCAAUCUACAACUCGCUUAUUUUUUAAUGUACCUGACAAUUCAGUUUCUAUUAAUAAGACUAAUAUGAUUUAUCAGAAGAAACAACUUCCGUAGAGUAGAGAACAAUUAUAAUAAUGUCUCUAAUAAUUAUAAGAAUCUUACCAAUAAUUUGAAUUAAAAUAGUAAACUUAUUUUAAUGAAGCAUCUACAAUGAUAGUUCAAUAAAAACACUAUUUAGUUGAGCAAAUUUAACAGAAUUUUUCAGAAUUUUAAAUGAAACUUAGAAAUUUUGAAAGUCAACUCUUAAAUGAAUUAAAUUUAGUAACAUUAAAAUUAGAAGAGAUUAUUAAAUAAAUGAAUAUCUCUAUAAAAAAAAAGAUUAUUUCUUAAAUCUUGUCUAUAAAGGAAAGGUAUAUCAUUCCUUAAUAUGUAGCUAGAAUAGAAUAAUUGUUAGUUCUUUCUAAUGAGAAACUAAAUACUUAAUUUGAUUAAGUGAAUUAUUUGACUUAACAAACUGAAUUAAUCAUUAGUAAUCUCGUUAAAUAAGAAUCUUAAAUUAUCUAAGAUAUUAUCAUUAAAGAAAUGCAAAUAAAUUUUGAUCUUACUAUCUACGAUUACCUACCAUAGUUUUGUACUAUAAAAAAUCCCUAAAAUUUAUAAAGAAAUCAAUUAUAAAAUAGAAACUAGAUUAGAGUAAAAACUCUUAAUGAUUCUAAUUUUAUGAAUAAUUCAAAUAGAUCUAAUGAAUCUCUCUCUUUCACUCAUAGUAGUAGUCCAAAACUUUAAGGAAAUGUAAAGUCUAUUUCAAAACCAUUUUAAUACUCCAAAAAUGCAUAACAUUUGGAAGAAUCUUCAUAGUAAAGAAUGAAUCUAAGAGAAAUAAAUUUUAGAGAUAAACAACAUGAUAUUAGAAGAUCUAAAGACUCUAAAAAUUCAAGACCUGUUUCAUCAAAUAAACUUUAUGAAGCUACAGGUAUCAAUCGUAUUGAAGAAUUUUUAUUAAAAGGAUUACCUAUUGAAAAAUUAGAUUUAACCAAUUAAAGUAUUUUGGAUUAUUUAUUUAGAUUUAAAUGAUUCCGAUAUUUAAGAACUUAUUAAACUUAUUUAAUAAUCUACUUCUUAAAUUGAAAUACUUAAAUUGAGUAAAAAUAGAAUCACUGAUAUUGGAUUUGAUAAAUUACUCACUUUACUUCUUAAACGUAGUGAUAUUCAUACUCUCAAUUUAUCUAGUAAUGAUUGUACAGAAAAAUCAAUUGAUAUGAUUGAAAGAAGAAUAUAAAAAUUAAAUGGAAAGACCAUCUAUCUCUCUAAUUGUAAACUUAAUAAUAACUUAAAUCCAUUCAAAAGAAAAUAAACUUUAUUUCAAAAUAAAAAUGUUACAUUGUUUCUUUGA